CUCGCCAUUACCUCCAAGCACCAUUCAGCUACCAUUUGGUACAUAGAUACAUAUUCCCAAGAAGCUAAAAGCCAUCAAGCUAGCUCUGCGAGGAUGUCUCUGGUGGCGAGGCUCUUCGACACGCUGUCCCUGGACGCGUGGAAGAACCCCUUCAGCAGCAUCUUCGGCACGGCGGCCGGCGCCGACGCGUGGCUGGCGAGCGACACCACGGCGUUCGCCGAGACCUACAUCGAGACCCGGGAGACGGCGGAGGCGUACGUGUUCAGCGCGCGGCUGCCCGCCGGGGUCAGCAAGGAGGAGGUGCGGGUGGACGUCGAGGAGGAGGGCCACGUGCUCGUCAUCGCCGGCCAGCGCAGCGUGCGGCGGGAGGCCAGGACGGACGAGGCCCGGCACGUCAUCGAGCGCAGCUGCGCGUCCUUCUUCGGCAGGUUCUGCCUACCCGACGACGCCGUCGUGGGGCAGGUCAGGGCCGCCAUGGACGACGGCGGGGAGCUCGUCGUCACCGUGCCCAGGAUCGGAGCCGCCGUGCUGGCGCUGCCCGAGCCGGCCUUGGCCAUCGAGGUCGAGCCCAGCCCGUGCUGAUACCAUCUUGCCGGUGCCGGCGCAGGUGCAGACACGAAGUAAGUUGCUCGUGCGAUCUCUGCCAGCUUGAUCGGGUCUGUGGCUUCACUAGAAAUCAAGGCGCUUGCUUGAUGUCUGUAGUGCGUUUCAUCCAUCCUUCUGUGGUUCGGUACUUGGGUGUGAGUGAGUGAGUCCCUGUAAAAGCACUGCGCAUGCAUGGUGUUCACUGUCAAGUUACUGAAAACCCAGUAAGCUGGAAUCCUGGAAUCAAUAUACUCUGUCAGUAAUUCUCGGAAA